GCUCAACCAGACCGACGUGGGCGGCGUCUUCCACGACAAGGCUAAUUGGUAACUCGCAAGUUGAUAGGUUCUCGCUGCAAUGAACCCGCGCGACGAGAUUAGAUAUUGGCGCAACCUCGCGAUGCAGCGGGGACACGAAAUACUUGACCCCGACUGCAUCGACAAUGCUAUAAGAGACAUAUAUGAACACGAUCUCCUCCCUGGCGAUGGCGGUAUUCAUCAAACCAGGCGCUCUCGUACCCCGUAUCCCCUUCAUGCUUAUCCCCCGCACAUCCCUCACGCCCGUACCUCGCAUGGCACGUAUGGAAAUGAAGCUUAUCCUCGCGCCCAAACCCAAACUCGUACACAAUUCCGUCGACCAGUCACAUCUCCAGAAGAGGUGUUGACUCCUGUCACUCCCUUUAGUACGACACGUGAUCAGCUCCCACAUAAUACCCGGACCUCCUCAGAAAUCGAAUCUAAUUCGCUACAACAACCUCCUUAUCAUCGCUCGCCUCCACCUUAUCAGGAACAGCCACACAACUCGCAUACACCCGCAUACCAUCGAACAACGGAAUUCGACCCCUAUCCUUCACACGGUCCCCACCACUCUUUCCCACCAUUCUUGAAUGAAGGAAUUCAGAUUAAUCCAGGUACGUGGGUCUAGUUUCUCCAGCUUUCGACGCCACAUAUCCUAAUAUGGGUUACAGAACCAACGCUAUUAAUUCACCAUUCACAAUGGAGUCCGCCGUUCG